AUGAACUACAAAGUUCCUCUAGCUCUCGUUCUUAUCUCGGUCUCCCUCUACUACUUCCUCUCACCUGCCUCCCCGCUCUCAGACACACAACUCACAGAACAUCUCAAUGACAAGGUAGUCCUCAUCUGUGGAGCUAGCAGUGGUAUCGGAGAGGAACUUGCUUACCAGCUAGCUGCCCAUGGAGCUAAACUUGUUCUAGUGGCACGAAGUCAAGAUAAGUUGGACAAAGUAAGAGUGGAGUUACUCGACAGAGGGACUAUUGCUGGAAAUGUGAUGACCAUCUCUUUUGACUUCUCCGAUGUGUCUGGAAGCAAGAAAGUGGUGGAUCAGACCCUGGAGAAGUUUGGAGCGCUGGACUACUUGGUGUCCAACCAUGCCACAAUGGCUGCAGGUCCCAUUUUAGCUUUACCCGAUCUCCACACAACUGAUUAUAUAGAGAACAUAUUCAGGGUAAACUUGUUCAGUCAUAUUGAACUUGCCAUCCACGCUCUGCCCCAUUUGGAAAAACGGAAGGGCCACAUGUUCUUCACUUCUUCCAUUCUCGGAGAGGUUCCCUGGUAUAUGGCUAGUAUCUACACUUCAACUAAACACGCUAUGAAUGGAUUCUUCUACAGUCUCCAACAAGAGCUCCUUGCAAGAGAUUCCCCCGCUUCCUUGACUGUUGGUAUAUUCGGUCUCAUUAGAACAAAGGAAGUAGAUUCCCAGUUUCCAGAUAAAACUCCGUUUUACGAUUGGACAAUUGGAAGUUUGGAGGGAUGUGCGAGAGUAAUGAUGGAGGCGUUUGUUACACGGUCACAAACCGUGACAUUUCAUAAACUUGCUGGUGUCACUUAUAGAGCGCUGUGGUAUUUUGUGCCGCGUUUUUAUCAUGACGACAUGAUUGAAAUGACGAAACCUUUUUUGUACAGUCCAGAAGAAUGAUGACCAGACUGUUAUUUGAAACAACAGCAAAAAUAUCGUGCGUUAUAUCGAAUAUUUAACAGAGAUUUUAAAUGAUUUUGAAUGUACCAGCGGCUCGUUGUACACAACAAGAUUUUAGAGCUAGCCAACGAAUUUCAAUAGGCUUGUCUGAUUAAUGUAAUUCAAUUUUUUUAUUUAGUUGGAUGGUGCAACA